AUGAAGCCCAAGUGUAGCAACAAAUCAUCUAUAGCUAGUGCUGAGGAAAGUAAAAAUGAAGAAAUCGACAGGGAGUAUUACAGUUGUAUAAAAAACUGUGCCACUGAUUUGCAGAAUUUAUCUUUAAAUUUUUUUCCCUCAAUAAAUACGUACACUUGCAUUCCCAAAAUUAAUGCCAUAAAUUCGAUAACUUUUCACCCAUGCAUUUCGAGUCGAGAUUAUUUUAAUAACACGUACUCAUUCAAGCCGUUGUUCACUCACCACUUCUUUAGUGACAGCGAGCAGGUCAUCGGGUUCGACAGUCUCAAAAUAGACUUCUACUACACCUGUGACAGUUACGAAGUGUUCAUGAAAUUAAGCGGGUCCAUAUGUGACCAGUAUGAAAAUUCAAACUACAUCAUGUUGAUGCUUUUGCAAAGCUUGUACAUUACGACUCCUUACCCUGGUGGGUUCAUCGAGACAGAGGAGGAAUUUCUAAGGAUUCUCAGAAGAAACGAAGGGGUGGAACGAAAUGAACAAAGCAAAGGGAAGGAGAAGGCCAAAGCGAGCAGUACCAACCAAAGUGAUGCACUAACUCAAGAAAAAAUUUACAAACCUCCAGGGGUUAUCAUUUACGAAAAAAGACUCAGUGAUGAUAUUUAUUUGCAAAUAAGGAAGUGUGGGUUUUCUUCGAAAUAUUUUAAAUUAGAAAGUGUGGACUGUAUUUACGGGGAGGAGGAGGAGGAGGAGGAAGAGGAGGAAGAAGAGGAAGAAGAGGAGGAGAAACUGGGAGGCCAAGACGGGGGUGUCUAUCAGAAUGGAGGUACUAACGUGGUUCAGAAUGGAAGUACUAACGUGGUUCAGCAUGGAAGUACUAUCACGGUUCAACAUGGAAGUGCUAACACGGUUCAACAUGGAAGUACUAACGCGGUUCAAAGUGAGAUGACCCUUUGUAAGGAUCAACCCUGUGGCCCCCCCAAAAAUGACAGGAGUAAACAAAAAAAGGGGAACCCAGUUAAGGAGACAAAGAGUGAGAAUAAGACCAGUACCAAAGGAGGAGAAAUUAACAACACAUCCGUAAAUCCUAGUUACCAACAUAACAUAAAGGGGGGAUUUUCAAAUGAGCCAUGUGAGGAUGACAAGAAGGGUGAAGGGAACGAAGCUGACACGUCAAAUUACAUCACGAAUGAUGAUAACUGUGGGAGUAGCACGAUGUCUAACGAAUUAAAUAAAGAAAUCACCACCAGGAAGAAAAGGAACUCGAAGACGUUCUUCGUUGCCUCGUGCACAGGAAGCAACGAAGAGUCCAUAUCGCACAAGGAAAAGAUAAAAAAAGAAAAGAAGGCAAAGGAGGUGCUCCCCACGAGCACUGAAAUUGGUAGCGCUGGUUGUGAUAAUGAUAACUCCCUCGUCGAAUCGAAGAAGGCAAAAAAGAACCUCACGAAAUAUGUUACCGAGAGGGACAUGUCUAAGCUUUACCGACACUAUUUGCGUGUCGUGAGGGCCAAGAGGAGAAACAGCCUCAUCGCUAGGGGUGACACCCAGAAUGAGAAGACCUCCGCUGGGAAAAAGAUGGAGAGGCAGAACUGUUCGGGAGGGUCCUCGCUGGGAACCGUUGCUGUAACUGCGGCUGGGUCGGGGGGGCCGGAGGCAGGAGAGGCGGACGAGGGGAGCGCACCGAACCAGCCAGGUGUAGCCGCCGAGUCGGAAGCGGCUCUCAAUUCGGCGGCGGCUCCCGAUUCGAGUUCUCCAAUGAAAGGGAGCCCUCCAAUGAAAGGGAACUCUCCAAUGAAAGGGAGCUCUCCAAUGAAAGGGAGCUCUCCAAAGAAAGGGAGCCCUCCAAAGAAAGGGAGCCCUCCAAAAAAAACGGGUUCACCGAACCAGCGAGUGUCAGCAAAUAAGGGUGGUGCUCCCAACCAACCGAUAGAGCCCCCCAUCGAGAACGCACCCCAUGAGAAAGAAACAAACAGCAGGAAGAAAAAAAACGUUAGAGAUGAACUCCUUGGGGCCAAGUACGACUACACAGUUAAGAACAACUUUGAGCUUCUCCACAGAAAGGUCGAGUGGUUCUAUCACUGGUUCAUCGAAAGUGCAUCAAACAUUGAGUACGAUUAUCGGUGGAGCGUCAUAUUGCCAUACAUAGUGUUCAAGCAUGAUGAGGAGAAAAAGUUCACAGAAAAUAAAUUCAUCGAGAAUUUAAACGUGCAGCUUCUUAAAAACAGAACCUCUAAUGUUAGCAUUAUUCCAAGUAUCAAGUUAGACCCUGUGCCCCCCCCAAGUGUUGCAACGAAUAACAAGGAAGGGUGUCUCCCAACCGGGAAGGAGGUAGAGGCUGGGAAUAAGAAGAAGCUUAAGAGAGGAGCAACAGCUGGGGUGAAGGAAAAGAAGGAAGUUAAGAAAAGGAAGAAAGGUCAAGGAGGAGGGGAGGAAGUAGGGGAUGAAGGAGGAGGAGAAGAAGGCGAAGGAGGAGAAGGCGUAGGAGGAGAAGGCAGAGAAGAAGGCAGAGAAGAAGGCGCAGGAGGGGGGGGUGAAGGGAACCCAGAAGAGCAGACAUACGAGUGUAAGCGAGAGGUUCACCCUGUCGCAUCGUGUGAAAGUGAAAAAGCGAAUGAUGAGCAAAGGGGAGGGAGGGAGCAACACGAAGUAAUGGUGAAGAAGGAAAGCCAGGAUGAGAAAAAGAAGAAAAAAAACGCAAAGGGUAGCAGUAAAGAAGGAGAAAAAAUUCAAGAGAGUUACAACGUUGAACACAUGGAAUCGAUGUUUGACCCAAACGAGUACGUCCUUACGAGUGAGAUUGUCAUUAAAGCGAUUGAAAACACCAUGAAGGAUGUACGAGGUAAGGACGAGGAGGAGUAUUACUCAUUCCACAAUAAUUACGAUGUCAUUUAUUUGUACUCCGAUUUGGAGAAAGGAGUGGGUGAGGCGACCAUAGGGGCAGUAGAAAAUUUCACAGCAGCAACCGACGUGAAGGGAGAGAAGAAAACAAAAGGGAGGAAAGGGUCCGUGGCGGAAAGGAGGAAAGAAAUACACCUCAAGGAGGAGGAAAUGGUGAAGGGCGUAACAGAUGAGCAAGACGGAGAAAAAAAAAGGAAAAAAGGUAAAGAUAAAAGUAAAGAGAAAGAUAGGGAUAAAGAUAAGGAUAAAAAUAUGGACAAAAAUAAAGAUCAAAAUAUGGACAAAAAUGUGGACAAAAGUGUGGACAAAAGUGUGGACAAAAAUGUGGACAAAAAUAAGGACACGGAUAAAAAGCAAAGCCUGUACUAUUUUUACCUAUUCGGAUUGGCGACGACCUACACCUUUUUUACCUUCCAAUUUGAUCGAAACCGGAUUUCCCAAUUUUUAAUUUUCCCACCGAUGCAGAGUAAAGGACUAGGAAUGAAAGUGCUAGAAAAAAUUUAUCACCUAUCUAUAGUCAACUCAAAUGUGAAAGAAAUUACUGUAGAGGAUCCAGCCGUUUCGUUCACCCAGUUGAGGGAUAUCAUCACGAUUAAAAUGUGUAUCGAUUUGAGAAUUCUGAGCCCCACUAUUCUCUACCCAAGUGAUUAUUUGAAAACAAAAAAUAUUGACAAGGAGUAUGCCGAAUUGGAUAAAAAAAAAUUUAUGAAAGUAUGCAAAGAGACACAUAAACAGAUUACUAGGAUGAUUGAGACUUUAUUGUUGGCUGGUGUUUUACCACACCCUGCCCCGUGCUAUGCUGAUAUUGGGGAAGACAAAACCUCGGGUGUUAGGAAGAAGGAGAAGAAGAACGAAAGUCCUGACUGCGUCAAUUCUAUGGAACAUUUCGAGUCCUCCGACUUGUGCAAAGAUGUGCGCAUCAAGAUUAAGAAACGAAUUAAGAAUGAUUACAUCGGGAAUUUGAUUAAUAAGAAUAUGAACUGCAUGGCGAGCGACGUCUUCCAGGACUACGUGAAGGAAGAGCUUUACAAACUUUGGAAAAAGCAGUGCAAAGUCUACUACAGGUGA